GGUCACUGUCAUAUCCACCUUCAAUACUCUGAACACAAUUUCCAUCUUCAAAUUUUCCAAUCUUCAAAUUUCUCUGUGAAAUGGAAAAUCCCACAGUUCUUUCCACGAGUAGCAGCGGAAGAAGAAGCAGUGAAACUAAUUCGCCGGAAUUCGAGUUUUGGAUGGUCAGAAACCCCUCUUGCCCCCAAACCUUCCUUCAUUCUGCCGACGAAUUGUUUUCUGGCGGUGUUCUUGUUCCUCUUCAGUUACUCAAUGCCCGCAACUCCGACGAGCCUCCUGACUCUGCGAGUAUAGCCACCGUCGUUAGCCCCGUUUCUGGAGCUGCAUCCGAGCCGACAUCGACAUUAACAGCGUCGAAACGAUGGAAAGACAUUUUCAAGAAAAACUCAGAGAAUAAAGAGAAAGAUAAGAAAAAGAAAGGUGUUUCCGGCUUCGGAGGUGGUGGCGGGAUUAGCAUAGCGGAGCUGAAUAUAAAUCUAUGGCCUUUUUCAAGGAGUAAAUCAGCUGGGAACGGCGGGAAUAGGCCACGGCCACCAAUCGCUGGCACCCGGAAAGUCAGUAGUGCGCCGUGCUCGAGGAGCAACUCCGCCGGAGAAUCGAAGUCUAGGAAGUGGCCAAACAGCCCAAUCCGUGGUGGGGUUCAUGUAGGUAGGAGCAGCCCAGUUUGGCAAAUUAACAGAGUCGGAUCUGGUCGGAAUUUACACGACAACGUGGUCAGGAAUGCUGCUGAGAAGGUUGUUCUCAAAAAGGAAAAACCCGACACUCGUCGGAGCAAAAAAUCUACAACCGGCGGAGAUGCGACGGCUGCCGUCUCCGGCGUCGGAGGAAAGGGGUUGGUGUUGAAUCUUAACGUCCAGUCAUGUAUCGGUUAUCGCCACCAUUUCAGUUGUCGGAGUGACGAAAUUCAAGUAGAAAAAACUCUACGAUUUGCCGUGGGAAACACCGGUAAUGAAACACGCGCCGCCGUCGUUCAACCCGACGGUGAAGGUCUACGUGGCACUAAUAUGUUCAAUUUGAGAAACCUAUUCGUCAAAAAAGUUUAUUAAAUUUUUUUUACGGAACUAUAUUUUGUCGUUAAAAUAUUAAUUUCGGAAUAUAAUAGAUAUGGUAAAUAAUAUUUAAAAUAUAUUUCUUCUUUGAGGAGAUGUAUUUUUGAUAGUAUUUAUUGCGUGACAUUUGUAUUAUUUGAUUUGUUUAAAGAUAUGUAAAAUAUUGAUGUGUUAGUGCUUUUGUGAACACAAGUCAAUUAAAUGAUGUACAUUAAAGUACUAUUGUGAUACAAGGUAUUUUAGCAUUGCCA